CCGAGAGGGCCCCCCCGAAGGGCGGGAGAGCCCUCCGGCCGGGCGGUGAGACGUUAAGCAGCACUUGCGGCCUUGGCCCCACUGUGGCCCAGGUGGAGCCGAGCCCAUGGGAUGACUGGCCUGGCGUAUCCUUGCUUUGGCUUUCUCAUUUUCGUCUUCUUGAUCCCGCCUGGCCUCGUGAGCGCCGACGGUGAGCCGAACACGUUUGCCACCUGCAGCAUUGACAGCAAGAACCGUGCGGCAAUGGUCUGCGUCUGGGGACUCUUGUCUUUUUUUUUUCUGCCCGCAGGUCUGGACAUAGAGUUCACAGGCCUUCGCUCUAACCUGUCCCGGCCCCAGCAGAUCAGUCUUUUCGACUUGCCCUCCGAGUGGUAUCUAAAGACCCGCCACAGUGUUCAGCAAUUCACCAUCUGUCAGAUUGGAUUGUCUGUGUUUUCCAGUAUUGAAGGAGAGUUGAACAAGUAUGUAGCCCAUUCCUGUAACUUCUUUCUCUUCCCGACGACAUUUGGGAUCUUGGAUUCCGAAUUCUCUUUCCAGGCUUCUAGUGUUCAGUUUUUGAAUCAGUAUGGCUUCGACUACAACAAGUUUCUCAAAAAUGGGAUCCCAUAUAUGAAUGAGGAGCAGGAGAAGAAAAUUAAACACAGCAUCCUGACCGGGAACUGGAGAGUUCGCAGUUCUCUGGAUAAAGACCAGAUCAAGGUGGUGAUCGAUGAGGUGACACGGUGGCUGGACCUGGCGGAGGAGGGCGACUGGAUGACUCUCCCUGGUAUCGCUGGUUUCCAGGCCUUUGAGGUCCAGCUGGUGCUGAGGCAGGCCCUCCCCGACAUCUGGACGGUCCUGAGAGAUCAGGGGAUAAUAGUGAAAAAAGUGAGUAAACAACAUCGCUGGUAUCUUGAAAACACCUCCUGUGAUCGAGCCAGCUGUUGGAAGGAGAAGAUUCUUCUCUCUGCCAGGGGUUUUUCGGUCUUUUUCCAGAUGCUGGUGAAAGCCCAGAAGCCCUUAGUGGGCCACAAUAUGAUGAUGGACCUGCUGCAUCUGCACGAGAAGUUCUUCCGGCCACUCCCAGAAAGCUAUGAUCAAUUUAAGCUGAAUAUCCACAACCUGUUUCCUGUUCUCAUUGACACUAAGAACGUGACCAAGGAUAUCUGGAAGGAACUGAAUUUCCCAAGGGUUUCAAAUCUUUCAGAAGUUUAUGAAGUCCUAAACAGUGACUUGAAUCCUACCAAGAAUUCCGGGCCAGUGGUUAUUCACGCAAGCAAGUGUGAAAAAUAUGUUGAGACCAAGUACCCUCACGAGGCCGCGUACGAUGCCUUCCUCUGUGGAUCAGUUCUUCUGAAAGUGGCACACUUGCUUCUGUGGAGAGUACACCGUGCUGGCCCCAUGCCUGAGCCCUCCUUCUCUCUCUACCUUGAUGUGCUCGCUCCCUAUGUGAACCAGGUGAAUCUUAUCCGAGCUGGGGUCCCUAAGAUUAAUUUCUCGGGUCCAGAUUGCCCCAGUAUCCGACCUCCCAUCCUCCUCCUCCGUGUCCGGAGGUGGCCUGGGGUCAGCGAGCAGCAAGUCUAUCGUGAGUUUCAGAAUCUCUGCAAGUUCGAUGUGCGGCGACUCUCGCGGAGCCAGUUCCUGCUCUUGACCAACAAGUUUAAGGAUGCCCGGAGCAUCCUGAAGGAGUACAGGGGCCACCCCAGCCUGCAGGUGUCCCUCUACCGGUACUGGAGGCACUCCCCGAACAUCAACUGCCUGUUACAGGUCUGUGGCGUGGUCAUCACCUGGGCCCUCCUGGCACUUCUCCUCGGAAGACCUGGCCACUGAGUGCAGCCGGCAGCCUCUGUCCUAUCCCUGCACCUCCCUGGGACAGCCAUCCAUUUGGUUUUUUUGUGGGUUUUGUUUGUGUAAAUCAUAUUUUUACUUGCAGGCCAAUCUGUGUGGUCCUUAUGAGGAACUUUGUUUUGAAGGUGAAAUUCUGUAAUGAUUAUCAACGAUAAAGAAUUCCUUAGAUGUGGUACUUUUGUGGCCAGAGCUUUUUUUUCUUUGAAUGGGGAGAAGUCCUCGCCUCUGGGAAUUUAGGCUAGACCCCCAGAGGGUCUCCUGCCCAGACAGCUAGCAUGGGAGCUGGACAGUAGGUGAGCCAAAGGCUCCAUUAUUUCUGGGAGAGAAAUUUUUGGCCGGUAGGCCCUUCCCCAGACCUAAAUCCCUACCAGCCUGAGUUUAGUAAAGGGGGAAGAAAUGAAGCUAAGUGUCCAUGUGUAUUGGUGAUGUUUUAUGGUUUACAGUAUUUAACAUUCACUUCAGAAGCAAAGAUUGCGUACCUUUUGAGGCCAGAUACAAUCUGGUCACUCUGUUUCCCCUGCACUGGGCCACACCAGGGGCCACGCUGCUCUACGCCUCACCCAGCUGUGUGUGUGUGUAUAUAGAAUAGCUGUUCUCUAUUGAGAGCUGAACUUGGCUGGGCUGUUUCCUCAACCAUGAACUUCACUUACCGAUUUAGCAAAGCCUCCUUAAAUUCAGGGUGAGGGGCGGCUGCGGAGGAGUUUCCUCCAUAAAGCGGAAUCGCUAGUGGGGGCAGACGCCAUUCCAGAAGCCCCAGGCCCGUCCUGAGGGAUGUGAGUGACCAGUGGGGCAGCUCGUGGUUGGACCAGUGACGGCCUGCUCUCUGGGGGCGGGGGGAAGGAAGUUUUACCCGUUUGUCCAAAAGGCAUCCUAGUGAGGUCCCCCCGCUCCCCACUGAAUGUAACUUUGUAUACGCUGAGGAGCACCCCCUUUUCUCUUGGGGGCUUUUGGGGCUCAGUCUCGUUAGAUGAGCUCCACAUUCGGUAAGCAAACGUGAGAAGUGAACAAGCCCUUGGCAGAGUGAACCGAGUCACCGUUUUGACUUUCCAGGGUUGGAGCAACUGGCUUGUGUGGUUCUGGAGAAGGGAGUUACUCACCCGUUGGCCCGUCUGCAGGGCGCCGCUGUUGCGUGCACCU